UUUUCUGUAUUUAAAAUUGAAAUUCUAUGACUAACCAAACAAAUAUUUUGAAAUGGACUUAUUUCAAGAAAUUUCCACCAAAGAUAAAAAAACUCAAAUUUCUACUACAACUGGUCGAGUAAUCCUAGGAAUAACAGGAGGAAUAGCAUUAGGGCUCACUAUAAUAUCUUCUUCUUUUAUAAGACCUGCUUUCCGUAAAUAUUGCCUACCAUAUAUACCCGCUACAGAUGAACAGUUAAAAAAUGUUUUAACAGCCCUUAAAAAUAGGGAAGGACUUCUAUUAGAUUUGGGUUCAGGAGAUGGAAGAAUUGUGUUAGAAUCCGCUAAGAAAGGCUUUAUAUCUCAUGGUGUUGAGCUGAACCCUUGGUUGAUAUUAUUCUCCAAAUUUGAUGCAUGGAGGAAAGGACUUGGAAAAAAUACUAAUUUUUACAGGAGAGAUUUAUGGAAAUAUGAUGUUUCCAAGUAUGACAAUGUUGUGAUCUUUGGUGUUGAACAGAUGAUGGAAAACUUGGAAAGAAAACUUGUAAAUGAAUGCAAAAAUGGUUGCAAUAUCAUUGCUUGUAGAUUUCCAUUACCGAUGAAGAAGCCAUUAGUUACAAUAGGAUGUGGUGUUGACACAGUUUGGGUGUACAAUAUAGAAAAAAAAUCUGCAUAAAAAUAACUAUCUUAAAUUAUAA